CCUCGUGUUCCGCGCAAAACGAUGCGGUUGGGAAUAACGUAUUUUGCAGUGAUGAAAUCUCGGUAGUUCGCGUAAAAAAUUGUAAGAAAUGAAGGAACUGGAGGAAGUCAACUGCGAGAUUCGCAAAAUCGUAAACUUACAAUUCCCUCUGUCAAGUCGAUUGAGAAAUUCAGAGACUGAAGAGCAUAACCAGUCCACAAUCUCCCAGGAACAUGACAACGAGUAUCAUGGAGGAUUUCUGCAUAAUGCAACAUAUGCCUGGCUAAGUUAUGGCUGUCAUUUAGUAGUCUUCAAUGCAAAAAUAGGGGAAAGCAUUAGCAGUUGGACAUUUCGUGGGGUUGUAACAUCUGUUUCUCAGUUUCCUGCACAAUCCGGAGAGUUUCCACUGCUGCUAGUUGGAGUAGAUAAUUGUGCGAGCAAAUUGAAAGAUUCCUCUGGAUUAUUGUGUAUAUUUGACUGUACAACAUCCCGUGUCUUGAGAGCAAUUCGUAUGCCAUGUGGUGUAGAACAAGUAUGUGUUGUGUCAGGUGGAGCGGAAUGGGAAGAGUUCAAUGAAAAAAGAUUAGAUAAUAUAUUAAAUGAAAUGAAUGGAAUAGCUUGUGCAGUCUUGCGGAAUCUUCAGCAUAUCAUGAUUGAUCUUCGAAGACAUACAUGGGACAUAUAUGAUUUGUCUUCUAUUAUGGAUGAAACUUCACCAGCAGAGUUAGAUUUUCUAUCAGCAAAACAAGUUGUUGGCAGGCAUCAGUCUAAUCGUGAAAGGCACGCAGCUUACAAUUUAUUGACCAAACGUAUAGAAAAACACAUUGGUUUUAAUAGAGAAGAUUUCGAAUCAUCUCCUUUACUCGGCGAGACUUUGACCACCGCAAUUAUUAGUUCCACAAAGAUUGGCUGUUUAAUAUCUGGCUGUUUGGGUAGAGUGAUAAUUUGGCAGAACGAUGGUUCUAUAAGAUGGAUCAGUGCACCCGUCGACGAGAACAUGGCGGUCACACAUCUAGCCCUGCUGGAACCCACGGAUGAUCCUAGACCAUUUUAUUAUUUGUGGGUAGUAUUUCAAGACGAGUUGUCGAGAACGCCGCCAGUAUUGAGAAUGUACGCCAUGCUGUUCGAGAGAAAAUACUAUGACAGAGACGUGAACUUGUAUUUCAACCUGGAAGAUGAUCCUAGUCUCAAAUUUGAGUCGGAGUUGAACGAGGGAGAUAGGAUCGUUGGCUUAUGCACCGUCGAAAGAGGAUCCAAUUCGGAACAGACGGAUUCGAACGCCAGAAGAGGCGAGGAUAAUCUGUUGCUCAUUGCCACCAACGAGAGGGUACUGCUGUUCGACCUAAAUCAAUGGUACAAAGAGCAGAUGCCGCGCACUAUCAGCGAGUGUCAGAAUCCAAACAGCAUAUUGGCGACGUAUCGCACGAGAUCGGACGCUCACAACGCGGACAAUCAGGUGAUGAACUUCACGUAUAUUCCGCUCAGUUUGCAAGAGUUUCCCAGCUCGGGUCCGAAUUCGCCUGAAGAAUUGUUCUAUCCCAACUCUUUGUCGCUCGAAUGGGUCGUGUUAGCCUCAACGAGGCUAACAUUCUGGAUGACUCGCGGCAUUCAAGCGGACCUGCUGCGCGAAAUGGCUAUGGCUGGUCCGAUUAUACUAAUACAGCCGUCUGAAACGUUCCACAGAUGUCUCUCCGUUGGGCUGGUGCCAUUUAACUCGGAAUUCACAUUCACUAGCGAUCAAAACGCGCAGCGAGAAAUGUUGUUAUCUCUCUGCUUGGAGCAGCGGUGGUCCACCUUUCUCGUGAAAUGUGCUAUGGAAUGGUCGGAUGGUAGUGCUUCUUACUUGUAUCCUACAUUCCUGAAAUGGGGCAUCCAGAGAGCCUCCACGAUAAAAAUGAUCGCCGAUCGACUCUGCGUUCCUCUGUUCGAUCAGUCGGGUAACAGCAUUGGCGAGGCCGACGUAAGAAAUCUGCGAUUUUGUUCGCAACAAUUGGAGUGCCUGUCCAGUGUCGUGGGUAAAUUACCGUCCGCGGUGGCGGAUUUGAAGAAGCAACGAAGGACAUUAAAACGCGUGUCUACGUACUUCCAAGUGCUCCUUUGGUUCUACGACGUGGGGCUGUUGCCCGAAACGCAAGAUUUGGAAGAGGAGGAGGUGGAAAGCACCUUGCCUAUAUCUUUAGCGCUAAGAGUGCCUUAUCCUUACGAGAGGCUCUCAACACUUUAUAAGGAGAAACGAGCGCAGUUUCAGAAGGACAAUAGCAAUAACGAAAAUGAGCAGGACCUAUUCAUCGACGAGCUAAUAACCCGCGAGUGUUCUAUGUUGAAGGCACAAUGGGAGAGGGAGGGUGGCACCGCUACAGGUGGCUCUUAUCCACCCCCGUCAUUGCAGUCUCUGCUACGGAGUUAUUUAACUGAUUAUCAUCAAGCGGAAGCGAGUGAGAUCAGUUGCAAGCAUCAGAUCAUAAUUUAUCUCUUGAUGGAUUUGCAGGCGAUGUUAUUACAGCGGCUGUAUCCCGCGGUGAAGCAGCUGAUCAAGUAUCCGUCCGCGUUCAAAAUGACUCCUAGCCUCAUCAAACUCACUCAAGCGUUUUGGCUGCUCGAUCAUGAAGACUAUCAGGAAUUUCUCGACAUGAUGACCGGCCAGUUGAUUUCCGACUCCGAUGUUAAAGACUGGCACCAUAGACUCAUAUUGCGCACCUUAGUGCGCAAUAAUCAGCACAAACUCGCGCUUGUAUACCUCCGCGUGAGGAAGCCUCCUCUAUCCUCCUUAGAAGAGCAAGGUGUAGCCGUGAGUCUCUCGGUGGAACACGGUCUCGUGCAAUCAGCUUUUCAUCGCCGGCCACCCUGUCACUACGAACAGCUCUUGGUUUGUUUCUUCCGGGCAUGCAAGAAGUACGGCAAGCUCAACGAGAUUCUGCAUCUGGCGCUGGAGACCGAGGAAGAGGAAGUGUUUGUCAGAUUUCUCGAGGAAAAUAAGACGGAAGAUUUACGAUUGUUAUACUAUUUGCAACGGUGCCGUUAUACAGAAGCCAUCGGCAGCCAUCCGAUCCGACAGUAUCAAUCAAAUUUCACCAAGGAUAUACAAUCCACAUCGCUCGGUAUGCUCAACGCGUACAACCUGACUUUACCAGACGUUACGAAACAAUUCUCCAUGAACGGAUUAACUGCGACAAACUCGGACGUAGAUCUAAAAGCACAUUAUUCCAGACCGAUGUCGCAUCGGAAGAGCCAUGACAAGCUGCGAAAUAUAUAUGAGACGGUGAUCGCGAAGGCCAAGGAGACCUAUCUUCGUAACGAGAAAUAUCAGAUCCCGUUCGUCAGCGUACCUUGCAUGUCGCUCAAGUUCAACAAUUACGGCGCGAACAUGAACUGCGUGUCAUUCCCGGCAUUGGUGCGUAAGAGUCUCGGCAAACGUAGAAUCGAUCAGAUCUACGAGGAUGAAGAUGUGCACGGCACACCGGAUAGCGCAAAACGUCGGAAACUGUCAGACGGGAACGUCUCGUUGAAUCAAUCAGAUUCGAGAGAGACGGGACUGGGAGCGGCUUUCGAGACACCUCUGGUAGAGCGUAAGUUUACCGCGUGCGCGAACAAGGACAAUGUAUCGGAAACGCCGCACUCGAUCCUGAAAAGCAGACAGCUUGUAAGGAGCUCGACAUCGUCCAGUGUCGCGACACUGCAAGGGGAAGAGAUUGCUGAUGGGCUGUCUCAAAAUGAGAAAAAAAUCAAUAGACAGAUACGAUUCAACAUUAAUCAGUCCAAGAAAGCCUUAACUUAUGAAGAUGAAGUAGAGAAAGAGGAGAAAGAAGAAAACGAGAAGAAGAAAGAAGAACAAACAAGCGAUAGCACCACCAUUUCUAAGACGAAUACGAGCGAUGACGUAUACUUUAGUCCAAACAAGUCAGCGUAUUACGAAAGCGCGAUUCUCAGCGACAAUAGCAGCAUCACCUCCAGCAGGAUCUAUUGCUACGCCCGUCCGCGACCUAGCCUCCGAAGAAGUGCCUUACCCAUAGAAUUGUUACAAGAAUCUUGCGUGAAGAAAGCGAGCGGCACAUCCUCAAAUUUGUCCGCGACGACGUUUAUCCCUGAAGAGGUUGACAGAUCACAAAUCGAUCCGAAUACAUUGCAGGGAAGCGAUUUAUCGUCGCAAACCUCCCUUUAUUCAACCACCAUGUUGUCUACCGAUACUAGCAUCGACAUCAGUUAUCCAAGGACACCGGGACGCACCAGUCCGUUGCAAUGGAAAUUAAAUAAAGCUGGUCGUAAUAAAUUUGCCAUCUCAUCUACCCCACUGGCGAAGAGUAUAGUUCCUCGGCCGUUCAAGCGAACGAUGAAAGUCUGUGAAGACAAGGAGAAGGAUCAGGAAGCGGGAUCAUUUAUGGAUAACGUAAUAAGAGAAGAUCUUGAAGAUCUGCCAAACGAGUCUAUGAAGCGCGACGAACAAUUUAAUUAUGAUGAAAGCUAUCUUUUAGAACGACAAGAUAGUGUAGAAAAAGAUGUACUACAGGGCAGAACUGAAGCAAGCAAGAGUGAAAAUAAAUACAAUAAUGGAAAUAUAGCGAGGGAGGAAAGUCCAAGCUCGCAGAAUCCUUACGAAGAACCGGCCGUAUUCUCCGAGAAGAUCGCGGAAACGAGUUUCAUCGGCUUGGACGAGUCCGAUGAGGAGUUGCUUCGACUGCGAGACGACGGAGAAGACGAGGAGGAUGAGCACGAGGAGACGUUCGAGAGUCUAUCCACGAAUCUGGACGACGCGCAAAUGCAAGAGAAGGACAGAGUUUCCGUUCCCCGUUCGUCCGAAACUUGGAACCCCGGAUACAAAACAACUGAGGGAUACGACGUCGCAAAAUCCAACGGUCUGCGAGAAUCUGUGCCGCAAGUGAUAGCUGACGUUGAUUUUACCGAUGACGAGUCCGUCGCGAGUGGCAGAAGCGCGACGCCGAUGACAUCCAGUAAAGCAGAUAGAAAAGAGGAGCAUUCAGUGGAGACCGUUCAUCCAGAGAAUAUAUUUUACGACAUGUCAAACAUCACGGAUGACGAGUCCGAUUCGAAUGUUAAAGAAACCGAGCCGAAGGCAAGAAACGGUAGAUUCUCCAAUUUACAAGGAUGCUACGCGACGCAGAAUCCUGAAGUGGAGAAGAUCCAGAGUGAACCCGAGGAAAAAAGCAAGCAGCCGGAUGAAAGAGAGAUCGUCUCCGCGAAAAGAGUUGACAAAGUUAUAUUGCAGCCCGAAGUCGAGGAUAAUGAUACUAGUAUAAAUGUUCGUUCGCAGAUGGAAACUGAAUCGACCGAAUGUCAAGAGAACCUAUCAAAAGAAGCUGAAAGUCCCUCGAAGGAUAAAUGGAGUCACAUUCAAUUGGAUGUUCCUUAUGUACGAUUGACUAGGUCACCUAUACUGGACUCGAUGAUAAAGGAAAAAGCAGCGGAUACUUCGUUGCAGCAAAUGGAAUCUGAAAGGCUCACUCGUUCGCGAAGAGCAAGUUCGAUAACGAAAGACGUGAUGACAGAUUCUCCGUCGCGUAGUAAAACUGAAAGACCACCGCGAAGAGAGAGUUUCACAGCGAAGAGUUCACUCGGAAGUUCGCCGUCACAGAGUACAAUGUCUGAGGAACCUCCAUUAUUACGAAGGGCGACUUCAAUGAUAUCAGACUUGUGGAGAGAUUCUUCGUCGAUAGAUCUUGAAAAACCACCGCGAUUAAGGAGAGCAAGUUCAGUUACGGCAGCGGAGCUGAGUUCUUCACCGAAAAGAUUGUUGCGCAGUCAAAGAGCGAGUUCUCUCGCAAAGGAAGUGCUGAUAAGUUCGCUCGUGACGAGAACGUCAGACGAGAAUCUCAGUGCACCCUCGUCGCCGUCGAUCAGAAGAGAUCUCAGGUCUACCUCGGGAUGGAAGAAGACUCUUCGGAGCGAGAGCAGAGACAGCGACUCCGAGAGCAUCAAGGAUGAACUACCAGUGAGGAGAAGACUUAGAUCUUCUACUUCGAGUAAAGAAUUGCAGGCGGAAGACGCAAAGUCAACGAGCGACGAUGAAGAGGACAAAACUACGAAGAAGAGGUCUCUGCGUGUAAAAAAAUCCUCGGCGUCAUUCGAUGCGGACAAAACGACGACGAACAGAUCUUCCUUGAGAUUGUCCACGAAGGAUUUGAACAAGAAAACAGGAGCGGAAGAGAAGAGGGAGCUUAAAGAGAUUAAAACGAGGCCAAGACGCGGCAAUUCAGUGCCUAAGGAGAUCACAAUGCAGACUGGCAGGACGCGUAGGUCCAGUAGUUUAAUAAAGGAAGUUAUCCCGGAAAUUGCCGAGUCGGAGGAGGAGUCCAGGACACUCAGGAGUUCCGUGAAGACGUCGGACGUCAGUAACAGAUUGACGAGAAGCACGCGCAGUCGAAGCUCGUCGAUCCUGUCCAUACCGGAGGAAUUGGAGGAGAUUCUGAGCCCGUCGGUGAGGGAGACAAGAUCCACUCGGAAGGAGGCUGCGCUAGAUAAUGUCAGAGAGAGAAGAGCUUCCAGCGCAGACGUGAUACACAAAGAUGUGAAGAGGAGAACCAAAAACAUUCGCACGAGAAGCAUCGCGGUGGAGCCAAUAGUGGAGGAACCGAUGGAGGAGAACGAAGACAGAGUGACGGAGCCAGCUCUACAGUUGGAGAGCGAAAUUGCUGAAGAUGCUACCGAGUCGAAGAGAAGAACUACGUCGACCUCGAUGAUCAAGGAAGGCACGAAACAGGAUACAGUAAAGCGGAAGCGAGGCAGACCGCGCAAGAGUGAGAGCAAAGAAUCCAGUGAUCUAUUUAUUUUCUCGCAACCGGAAAAAACGGAUGAUGUGCCAUUAGAUGAGAAAAAAAUUGGGAAAGUUCCGAAUUAUAUCUUCUCACCACCCCAAACCAGAUCCAAAAGCAUUUCUCCGAAUCAGCAUCGUAGAAAAGUAAAAUCGUUCAUACCGAGUCCUGAUCAAGAAAAAGGAGAACCACAGCCAGCUGUCCAGGAAUCUAAAUUAAAACCGGGCUGUUACAGUCGUUUAAUUGUGAAGAACUUUAGAUCACGAUUUCAGACAAAAUUUCUCAUACCUAAAAAAUUUAAUAGUACAACAGAUUAAAUAAGAAACUUUUCGCGAAAGAGUUCUGAUGAUUCAUUGCACAUCUACGAAUCUUUCGUUACAAUUUAAAUUUACAUUUAUUUGUCAUAUUUUUCUUUAGAAUAUCUU